UGCGCAUCCUUCACACGGUCGCUAAAUAGCUAACUUUUUGACACAAACGUUUCCUGCCAAAAGCUAACGCCAGAUUGAGCGUUUCGAAAUUUAAUUCUCCCACUGAGGUUUUUGCUCGGCCCCCGGUAUGGCUCUGGCUUCUCUGGUGACAGCCCCGGUCCGUCCUGGAGCUCUAAGGACUGCAGAUCUGUCAGAUCCUCCAACAGAGUACUCCAGAGCAAGAUCUGUUCUUCCACAUCGGAGAUCAGUAUCUGCUGUACCUGCAUCUUCAUCACUAAUUUGCUUCAUAGCGGUGCCAUGCUGCCGGGAGGCUGUGGGUGAGAAAGUAUGUCGUCAGACUUCUACUCCAGAGAUGAUCUGGUGGAGACGGGCUCCAUCCCCCUGGACAUCGACAAUGUCCACAUGCUGCUGCAGGUGGAACAAGAACAGAUUCAGAAGAAGACCUUUACCAACUGGGUCAACGCUCAACUGGCAAAGCGGAGGCCACCAUGUAUGGUCAUGGAUCUGUUCAAUGAUUUCCGUGACGGCUCCAAACUGUUGGACCUGCUGGAGGUGAUGAGCGGCCAGCGCCUUAGUCGGGAGAGAGGAAGGGGAAUGUUUCAGCACAGGAGCAACGUUGAGAAGGCCCUUUCCUUUCUGAAGAAGAAAUCGAUCAAACUCGUCAACAUUAACAUUCCUGACAUCAUUGAUGGUAAACCGUCCAUCAUCCUGGGCCUCAUAUGGACAAUCAUUCUACAGUAUCAUAUCGAGGAGUUGGCCAGCGCCCUCUCGUUCAGCUCCCGUCAGUCCUCCAUGGACUCUUUGGCCAGUCUGGACUCACGCUCAACCCUGUCGAGCCGCUCGGCCAGCAGCAGUCCCGUUCCUCCCAGAGGCUCACCCCUACACAAUCGUUUCAGGGUUUCUGCCAAAAAGGCCCUGUUGCUCUGGGUCCGGGAACAGUGCCACAAAGCUGGAUGUUCAUUAAAUGUGAAAGACUUCAAAGCUAGCUGGAGGAGUGGUGUGGUCUUCCUGGCGAUUCUGUAUGCUCUGCGGCCUGACCUGGUGGAUCUGUCGAAAGCCAGAACCAGAAGCAACAGGCAGAAUCUGGAGGAGGCCUUUUGCGUCGCAGAGAAAGAGCUGAGGAUCCCCAGACUGCUGGAUCCUGAUGAUGUGGACGUUCGAGACCCUGAUGAGAAGUCCAUCAUGACCUAUGUGGCUCAGUUCCUGCAGUACUCCAGAGACCUGCCAAUGCAAGAGGAAGAAAUGCAGACACAACACCUGACUGUUCCUAAAAGUCCUUCUCCUGUCAACCUGCCUCUUCACUACACUCCUGCUAUUUCUGCUUCACCUCUGCGACAGGCGACACCUGAUCGAAAGGCACAGGAAGUGACAUGCUGGCUGGUUCAGGCGUAUGACGAGCUGCUGGAGGGAUGGGACUCCACAGAGGGCGAGAGCUACCCAGAGAGAUACCAUGUAUUUCAUACCUUUCUGGUAUCCUUUAAUGAGCAGCGGCGUCCCAUCAUGCCUUUGUUGACAGCGAUGAGACGAAGCCCGAAACUAAGCGAUGAACAGCGGGCUCUCAGAGAGGCGUGGGACACCCUCACUGAAAAGCUACGUGAAUACAAAAUUGAGUUAGAUAUGAGUCUCCCAGCCCCCUUGGAUGCAGUGGCUCGCUGGCUGCUGAAAACGGAGGGGGCCCUGGCCGAGGAGGAAGGCGACCCGCAGGACCAUGGCAGAGCCGCUGACGAAGCCAGGGAGAAACAGGAGCUGCUCAAAGUUUGCCUGGAGGAGAUGCCGCAGAAUUUGAAGACCUUCCAGUCCUUCCAGAACUUGGAUGAGUAUGGAAACAUGAUGGUUCCUAUUGACAAGAUGGAUGAACUAAAGAGGAGGUUCACCAGCGUGAGAGUGUCUGCAAAAUACCAUGGGAUCAAGCUGGAGUACCGGGAACACCGCCACACAGUUUUGGAUCUGUUGGGGCAGAUCAGGACCAAGCUCCGGAUCUGGAAGAGACCUUAUAUUUCCCCAGAGGCUGUCAGGGUGUUGCUGCAAGAAUGGCAUGAGCUGGUAAACAAACAGGAGCUACCUUCCUUGUUGGAAGCAGCUCGUCAUAAGCUGAAGCAGGCGUCGGAAAAAUAUUCUAGCAAAUCUGCCCUCGCCGCAGAUUACAACCACGUCAGUCAGCAGGUGAAGCAGCUGGAGGAGGACACCGCUGUGGUUUUGGAGGAUGUGACCACAGCCAAGAGCACCAUGGGAAGGGUCCUGUCUGCCUGGGACUCCUACAGCGACUGCCUCAGCUCCCUGCAGGCUUGGCUGGAGCAGGGCUCUGUAGCACACAGCCAUGGCCACAGACCAGAGGUGAUAGCUGAGUCUAUAGCUGAGUGGGGCUCCCGGCAGGCCCACCUGAACGAGGUGGGUAACUUCCUGAUCGAGUCAACAGACCCUCAGACCAGCAGAAGCCUUGCAGAGGAGCUGCGCAAACUCAACAUGCACUGGGCCGAGUUUGUCAAGAGAAACACAUUUGACAGCAUGGCUGAGCCCAGUGUUGAUGUCCAGGCCAGACCACAGCACGUCCACGCUCUGAUCAGAGAAGCCACUCUUAUUCUUAAAGAGCCUUUGGAGACCAUGGCAGGUCCCUUGCGCACCUACAGAAAAAGAAUACAGUUCAUAAUGAGGAAAAUAAAGGAAGCUGAUCUUGAGGCUUUGGCUCCCUCUCAAGAAUGCCCGGCGGAUCAGUUACAGAAACUGAAGCUGGCUAUACCUGAAGUGAUGCAGACCUUGCUUGAGGCAGAACAGGUAUGCACAGAGUUGCAGCACAGUGUGUCAGGUCUGGACAGUCGCCUGGCUGAACUCCUGCACUGGGAGACUGAGGCCAGGGAACUCUACCAGCUGCUGAGGGCCACAGAGCGACAACAACAACGGGGCCAGGACCCACGAGCAAGGGUUCUGAUUUCCCGUGGUCUACAGCUGGAGGGUCAGGUGGUCACAGAGGAGCAAGACCUGCAGGUGAUGGUAAUGACGAGUCAGAAGAACUCUCCCAUCCAGUACCUCCACGCCUCUGCCAUGCAGGACCGAGUGCGAGCCGCUGUUACUCAGUCACAGGAAGCUGUAGGUAUGCUGAGCAGCCUGGGAGCCAGAAGAGACAGAAGCAGAAGCCCUCCAGAAGGAUCUCCUCCAUCAAAAGUCUUUAUCCAGGCUAAAGAAAAGCCUCAACAUCUGAGACAGUAUGACACCAGGCGGCCAACUCAGCAGCCCGAGGCAAAGUUGGUUUCUCAGCAGUGUCAUGAAACCUUUGUGCCAAAGAUAGUAGUGCAAGAAUACAGAGAAGUAAAGAUGACUUCUCCUCCAAUGCCAUAUACCUAUGCACAAGCUGUGAUGCAGACCAGGACAAAGUCGCCACCAGAAGGCCAUGCUCAGGCCUGUCCAGAGGCCGCUUCACAAAAACAACAGCAGACUCGGGAACAAAAAUUAACAUUGCACCAGGAACAACUUAACAGAGAGAUGGAAAAAGAGCUACAACAGCAAGAACACAAGCAUCAGAAACCACAAGAGUUGAUGCCAACACAACAGCAGCAGAAGCAGGAGCAACAACAGGUGGAGCAGCAGCAGAUAGAAAAAAUGUAUCAAUAUCAAGUUCAGCAGCACGUGGUAACUUGUGUACAGUUUGAGAAACAAGUCAAACAGACACCAGAGCCCCACAAGCAGGCUUCAUCUCAACAACCAAAGGUAAAGAAACCAUCUCCGAGCUACCAGGAGCUUCAAAGCAGAAAGGCUCAGGCCAUGAAGAGCCGGCCCUGGCUUCAGAAGCCAGCCUCAGGAGAGCACAAAACUCCAGCUCCAGAUCCAGAACAAGAUUCCACUCAGGAACCAAUUCAGACUAGACAGACACAGGCACAGUCAGACAGAGAGACAGUUGGAUCAGUUCAGGUUGUUUCACAGCAAAUAGCAACUGCCAGGCUGCAGCCUGAGUCACAGUCAAAGGUUACCAAGCAGCCACAUCAACAGCAAAAAGAGCAACAAAAACAAACACAGCCAUCCCAGAAUCUAGUGCAGCUGCAGCAAGAACUGCAACAUCAGCAACAACAACAGCAACUGGGAAAACAGAAAAAGCAACAGGAACAAUUGCUGCAGCAACAGCAGGAACAACAAAGACAACAACAGCCUACUGUAAGACAGACACAACCAGAUUCAGACACCAUGGCUGAAUCCCAGACUGUAACUAUAAGUCAGCCUCACCCACAAAUGAAGACCCAAAAGCAGUCACAUCCCCAAACUAUGGUUCACUCUAAAUCUAAGGCAGUGGUCCAAGUGCAGGAGCAGUCUACAAGUGUGUCCUGCACUACCACAGACAACCAGCAACCACUGAAGACCCAAACCAGAGUGAGCCAAAGUCGGUCACAUACACAAGUUCUUCCCCAGCCCCAUGGCCCCAUGAAAACCUUGACUGAGCCACAGACACAACUACAGCUCCAGCCACAAGUUCAGACUCAGCCCCAAACAACUGCCCCAGCUAGACCUCAGUCGUCUAUGCAGCCACAGGGUCUAAACCAUGGCCCAGCUGUAGCUCAAGUACAGACUUGGGCUCAAGUCAGACCUUCUUCCCCUAUGCAGGCUCCACUGCAGGGCCAAAUUCAGCCUCCUGUGCCAUCCCACAUUCAGCUUCGUAGUCAUCCACAGUCAUGGGCCCCUGUCAGGCCCCCUUCCCCUAAGCCACCAACAAAUGCCCAGAUUCAAAUCAAUGCUCAGUCAAUCCCCCAGCCUCAAAUCCAUCCCCAACCAAAGACCCACCCUCAAACCCAUCCUCAGUCAAUGCCCCAGUCUCAAACCCAUCCUCAGUCAAUGCCCCAGUCUCAAACCCCUCCUCAGUCAAUGCCCCAGUCUCAAACCCCUCCUCAGUCAGUGCCCCAGUCUCAAACCCCUCCUCAGUCAGUGCCCCAGUCUCAAACCCCUCCUCAGUCAAUGCCCCAGUCUCAAACCCCUCCUCAGUCAAUGCCCCAGUCUCAAACCCCUCCUCAGUCAAUGCCCCAGUCUCAAAUCCAUCCUCAGUCAAUGCCCCAGUCUCAAAGCCAUGCUCAGUCAAUGCCCCAGUCUCAAAGCCAUGCUCAGUCAAUGCCCCAGUCUCAAAGCCAUGCUCAGUCAAUGCCCCAGUCUCAAAGCCAUGCUCAGUCAAUGCCUCAGUCUCAAAGCCAUUCUCAAAGCCAUGCUCAGUCAAUGCCCCAGUCUCAAAGCCAUGCUCAGUCAAUGCCCCAGUCUCAAAGCCAUCCUCAGUCAAUGCCUCAGUCUCAAAGCCAUGCUCAGUCAAUGCCCCAGUCUCAAAGCCAUGCUCAGUCAAUGCCCCAGUCUCAAAUCCAUCCUCAGUCAAUGCCCCAGUCUCAAAUCCAUCCUCAGUCAAUGCCCCAGUCUCAAAUCCAUCCUCAGUCAAUGCCCCUGUCUCACACCCAUCCUCAGUCAAUGCCCCUGUCUCACACCCAUCCUCAGUCAAUGCCCCUGUCUCACACCCAUCCUCAGUCAAUGCCCCUGUCUCAAACCCAUCCUCAGUCAAUGCCCCUGUCUCAAAGCCAUCCUCAGUCAAUGCCCCCGUCUCAAAGCCAUCCUCAGUCAAUGGCCCAGUCUCAAACCUAUCCUCAGUCAAUGGCCCAGUCUCAAACGCAUCCUCAGUCAAUGGCCCAGUCUCAAACGCAUCCUCAGUCAAUGCCCCAGUCUCAAACGCAUCCUCAGUCAAUGCCCCAGUCUCAAACGCAUCCUCAGUCAAUGCCCCAGUCUCAAACGCAUCCUCAGUCAAUGCCCCAAUCUCCCACCCACCCUCAGUCAAUGCCCCAAUCUCCCACCCACCCUCAGUCAAUGCCCCAGUCUCAAACUCAUGCUAUGUCCAUGAUGCAGGCUCAAAUUCGUACACAACCAAUGGCUCGGCCAAGUCCCGUCCAACUUCCAACUCAGGGUCAUUCUCAGCCCAUGACUCAGUAUCCCACACAUGCGCAGCCAGUAGUACAGCACCCUGGCCAUAUUUCCCAAGGCCAAACACAGGUUUGGACUCAAGUUAGAGCCUCUUCCCAAUUGUCUGUCCAGCAUCCACAGACUACAGCCCAACCUCCACGUUACCCCCAAGGUUACCCACAGGGUCAAUCUCCAUCCCAGCAGUGGACACCCAAACAAGAUCCACAAAACCAAGCCAUUGCCCAGCAGAGACAUCCAAUUCCCCAACCAUACCCUCAGCAAAUAGUUCAAGCUCCACAAUCUCAGGCUUAUCCAACAGUUCAGACGCUACCGCAGUGGCCCCAAUCUGGGCCCCAGCUAGGGCCUCAGAUGGGGUCCCCCGGGUAUUCUUACACGGGGCCAUUAUAUACUCAGCCUCAGAUGCAGACAAAAACACAACCCCAAAUGAGUUCCAUGCAACAGCAACCCCAGAUGAGAGAUUACGAUCCGUUUCAUAUGCAGACACAACAAAGCCAUAUUCAGCAACAAACUUGGAUUCAGGCACCGCCUCAGCUUCAGCAGCAGCCUUAUCCCCAGUCUCAGCAAUAUUCACAAGUUCAGUAUCAGCAACAAAGUCAGCCUCAUCCUCAGCCUCAGAUGCCAGCCCAAAAACCUCCCCAAUCACAGCCACCAAAACAAGCCCAUCCUCAGCGUCAUUCACAGCCCCAGCUGCAGGCUCACUCCCAAACACACAUCCAGACACAGCUAUUGGUACAAGAAAAGCCCCAGGCUCAGACUCAGCAGCCUCAGCUCAAUCUUCAGUUCCAGCAGCCACCUCCACAACCCAAACAUCAGCCCCAGCUCCAAACACAACCGAAGAUUCAGUCACUAACUCAACCAAACGGUGAAUCAUCUCCACAGCCCAAAUCUCUAGCCUCAUUAGCAGUGCAACCAGAGUUCCUUGAACCAUCUCAACCUAAGAUUCAGUCACCUACCCAGCCUAAAGCUGAAUCCCCGCCAAAACCCACACCUGAUCCCCACUUACCACCACAACCCAUGGCUCUAUCACUAAUGAAGGCUGAAUCACCACCACAACUGAAAUUGCAGACACAAACAGCACCACUACCUGCAGCUCAGUCACCAACUCAACCCCAUAGUCAGCCACCAACCCAAACCAAGGCCCAAUCACUGCCACAACCUAAACCUCAGGCACAAAUACCACCACAGCCCAAACUUCAGGCUCAGUCACCGCCCCUACCCAAGGCUCAAACUGCACCACAAUCCACGGCUCAUUCACCCCCACAGGCCAGAUGUCAGACCCAACCACUUCUACAGUCAAAACCUCAAACUCAGUCUCCUCCGCAACCCAAACCUCAACAGCCCCAAACCAUUCUCCUCUCCCAGGCCAAUGUGCUGCCUCAAUCUCCGGCUGAGUCACCAGACCUGUGCAUUAAACCUCCAGCCCUGGCCCAGGUGCCUCCCAAGGCUUACACAGAGGCUUACGCCAAGGCACAGGCUUUGGCUAGAAAUGGCUUUGAGGAGGCCAAGCACUGUCUGCAAGAGCAUAUUCUGGAAACCAUUAGCGUUUUUAAGGACAAACAGAUAUCAGCCGAGCAGGCAUCGGUGAAAGAGGAGACUCUUAGGACACUAGACCCAGAGUUGCUGGAGGAGUUCUUGAGAGCAGCCAAGGGCAUGGAAGCCUUUUGUACCCCCUCGCAGCUCAGAGACAUGGAGUUCUACACACAGUCAGUCAGGACACAGUGGGAGGCUUGUAUCUCAGCUGACGGCAGCUUUGCCCAGGCAGGGCAGCACCUUGAGGCCUUGAGGGCGCUUUGUGAUACCCUGAGCCCCGAGGAUGCUCACCGCCUCGCCCAGACUCAGCUGAGGGAGUGUGAGAACAGGCUGGCUGCCAUCCAGCGCCAGUUCAGUGGAGACCAAGAUGCACCACUCCCUGAUUCUAGGAUUCCUGUUGCCUUCAGUGAGGAUCUGACCACACAAAACGAACCAAGACCAAGUGACAAACAUCAGGUUUCAGCUGAGGUGUUUCAAGUGACAAUGAAGACAGUCAGUUUGGACAAGAGGGAAGUUGAAAAGCAGGCGUCUGUAGAGGAAGAAGUGACUAAAAAGGAGGCUUUAGAAAGAUAUGAGAAUUGUAAGAGGAUUCUGCAAGCUCAACUAGCUAAAAAUGAACAGAGCAUCAAGGAUGUCCCCUCUGACUCCGUCUCUCUUAAAGGCCUGCAUACACGGCUCCAGGAAAUACAGUUCUUGAGACAGGAGACAGAAUCUCUGUGGUCUGAGUAUGCAAACCAGUGCUCCCAGUUGAGCGGGAACCCUGGUCUGGAGCAGGAGAAGGUGGAGCUGCAGGAGCAGUGGCGCAGCCAACAGUCUAAUCUUCAGAGAAGAGGCAGCUCGCUGGGCGCUGCCCUCAGACAGAUCGACUCCACCGAGAACCAUAUGGUGGACUUCACCGACCGUCUGGACCGCUACCUGAGACAACCCAAAGACAUCACUGCAUUCACACUGACCAACACCAACAUCCUGAAAGAUAUUAAGGAACUGGAUGACAACAUCCAGAGCGAACUGGACCAGGUGUCCCGUCUGGACCCUGAAUCCAGCGAUCUGGACCCCAGAGACUGCUUCCCUCUGUCCCGUGAAGUCGAGACUCACAGAACCAGCCUGGACCAGCUUCGACAGCAGGUACGGAAAAGUGAAGCGGCUGCACGUGCCCUCGACCGCUUCCUCAUGUCAUUGCGUACUGUGGAUGAAGACAUCUCUGGAGUGCAAGGUGCCCCCUGCAGUGAUGCUCAGGUACUGCAGGACUGUCGCGCCAAGCUGGCUCUGAUCAGGCAGAGCAUUGACAGUCUGAAAGAAAAGGCGCCUCAGCUGGAUGUGCUCCUGCAGGGGGCCAGACUGACAGUCACCAGGGAUGGUGUCCCGGUCUCCUGCCUGGACAUGGUGUCCGCUCUGCUGAGAAGGCUGGAGGAGGCUGACAGUGGGCUGGCCAGCCAGCAAAAGGGCAUCCAGAAGGAGACACAGAGCAGAUCCCUGGGUCUGAGGAAGAGGACACUACUUGGGGAACUGAGGAAACUGCAGGAUACAAUUGAAACGCAAGGCCUAAAGGAGCCCACCAUGCCAGCUAUACAACAAAGGCUUCGAGCCCUGUCCGAUUUGGAGGGUCCGCUGCAGGCCCAGCAGGCAGAGCUCCAGAACCUCUGUGAACUUCAGGAGAAACAGGGAGGAGGAGAAAACCUCUUUCAGGAGCUGGAGACUCAGUGGACGGAGACUCAGAAAGCUUUUUGUGACAGGAAGAAGCAGUUCAGCGUCCUGCUGGAGCUUCUGAAGAAGUUCCAGAGCUGCCGCAGUCACCUGAGCAACACCAUGCAGAGAGCAGAGCAGACCAUCGGCGAUCAGGCUUCCUACAUGGGCAAGGACAACCUGCAGAGAAGCAUGACCAAGGUCCGUGACAUUAAGGAGGAGCUGGGUGGUCUUGGGAAGCACGUGGAAGAGAUGAAGGGAGUUUGCAGACAGCUGCAGUCCCAGCUGAAGAAAUUCCCAGACUGCAGUGAGACUCCCUUCGAAGCAGAGGCUGACACACUUAUGGACAACUGGCUGGAUGUGACAGAGAAGACAGACGCCUACAUGGAUAACCUUCGGGUGGGGCUGGAGUUGUGGGAGAAGCAGCUGAUGCUCGGGGGGGAGGUGGACUGCUGGGCAGGAGCCAAACUGGCCCUUUUUGCAGAGAGCCAUCCCUUCCACAACGAGCAACAAGUACUUGACAUGAGGGAUGAGAUCCAUGCCAACGAGGAGAACAUUGAGCAUUUCCACAAGAAGUGUGUAGAAAUCCAAGAGAUGCUGCAGAGUCAAGAUGCACCUCUGGAGCUGCAAGUGAUGGAGACCCAGCUGAGGAAGAGAAUGCAGCAGGUGAAGGAGCUGUUUACUGACUGCACUGACGUCUUUGAGGAACUGAUAGCUGUGAAGACACACUUAGCUGAGAAGAUAGAGGAGUGCCAGUCAGCUGUAGAGAUCAUCCAGUGUUCUCUCAGUAAGGUUGAUGCUUCACAACCACAGGUCGAAGCCAAGAUACAGGAGCUGUGUGAUGACUUGGAGGCUCAGGAGGAGCAGGCUGAGGCUGUGUUGAAGGAGGUGGGGUUGGUUUCCAGUCUGGCCAGUCCUCAGGUGCUGGAGGCGCUGUCUGUAGACUGCAGCAGGCUGAAGGAGGCCAUCUCCCGCACCAAGGACAUGAUCCACCUGAAGAGAGAGGAGAGAGACAAAGGCCUGCUUAAGGUUAUCAAAGAGGAAAGGCAGGCGUUUGAGGGAUGGUUCUUGGACUUGCAGAUGUCCGUCAAUGAGUGCUUUGAGAACCCUGAGAGCAGAACAGAUGUGGAAACAUCUCUGCAAAGACUCACUGGUUUCUUAAAAUCCAAAGAUGUAGAGAGACGGCUGGACCAGUUUAAAGAUCAUCUGGAGAGAGGCAGCCAGCAGGUUCCAUCUCAGCAGCUCUCUGAGUUCACCGAUUGGCUGAAAGAACAGCAGGAGGAGGUGGACACGUUCAGAACCCACUGCCACAACAGGCAGAAGCAAAUGGAGUCCCUUCUCAGUGACUUGAACUGUCUGCAGAAGCAACACGAUAGUUUCCGGGAGUGGCUGCACACCAAAGAAAAACAGUCCGUAGAGACGGACAAAGUCAAACUUCUUCUCAAAGACCUUCAGGAUGAGAGUGGUAAAGCUGAGACCCUCAGUGAGCUGUUAGCAUCAGUACGCAGACAAGGCGUCAGAUCUGAAAGCCUCUUGAAGGACGGUGAUAACUUGAUACAACGCCACCGAAACCUGGAAGCCAGGCUGCAGAGGCAGGCAGACGCUCAGGGGGCCCUGGAGGGAGAAUUUGAAAAGUUUAACACUCGGGCUAAGAGCACCAGGAUCUGGAUUACUGACCGUCUGCAACCCCUCACCUCCUCUGGCAGAGCGACCCAGACAGAGGACAUGAAGCAUAAAGCGCAGGUCAUCCUUAGCUCCAAACCUGAAGGAGACUCUAAAGUGAAUAACCUGAGACGACAAAGUGAAAGUCUGUGUGCGCAGGAGGACCUGGAGGAGGGCAGGAAACAUGAGGUUCAGCAGUUGGUCAGAGAAACAGAGGAGCAGUGGAGGACUGCUCUGCAGACAGCUGAGGAGGCUGUCAACAAGGCAGAAACAAAAGCCCAGUUAGUCAAGGACUUGGACGCUUUCAAAUCCCAGAAUGAAAAUGUUCAGUCCUGGAUUAGAGACCAGGAGCAGAACCUGCACUCACUUGGUGGUUGCAUGCAAGUUGAAGAAAAGCUUCAGAUUGCGCAAGGUACUCUGAGCUCCAAGCCUGAGGGAGAGUCAAAGCUCCAGGAUCUGAAGCAACGAGGCCAGAGUUUGUGUGACAACCCUGGCUUGGGCGAGAGCAGGCGACGAGAGGUUCAGGACGCCGUCAGACACACAGAGGAGCGGUGGAGGAAAAUCUUGCAGGCUGCUGAGGAGGCUCUCAACAAGGCACAGACUGAUGCUACCACUGAAAGGGACCUUGAUGAUUUCAAAACCCAAAGUGAAAGCAUCCAAUCCUGGAUCAGAGAACAGAAGCAGAAGCUGUUGUCCCACGGUAGUCACAUGCAGCUUGAAGAAAGGUUACAGGUCGCACAGGCUGUUUUGACCUCCAAACCUCAGGGUGAGUCAAAGGUGCUCGACCUGAAGAGACGAGGUGAAAGUCUGUGCAAGCAUCUGGAGGAGAGCAGGAAACCAGAGGUUAAGCAGUUGGUACAAGACACAGAGCAGCAGUGGAUAACAGUCCUGCAGGCCGCCCGACAGGCAGAGCUCCGGGGUCUUUCAGACGACUUUGAGACUCAGAGCAAAGACACUCAGUCCUGGAUCAGAGACAGACAACAGAAGCUGCAGUCUGUGGGCAGUCACACACCACCUGAAGAGAGAAGCCACACAGCUCAGACCAUCUUGAGCUCCAAACCUGAAGGUGACUGUCAGGUGAACAACCUGAGGAGGCGAGGCCAGAGUCUCUGUAACCAUCAGGAUGCAGAUGAGGGCAGGAAAGCCCAUGUUCAGCAGACAGUCAGAGACACAGAGGAGCAGUGGAGGACAGUCCUGCAGGCUGCUCAACAGCUCCACUCUGCUGCUGUAGCUGAGAUCACCCAGGGCACUGAAAAGAGAAAGUUGGAGCUGAGAGAAUUUGAUACCCAUCAGCAGAACACCAGAAGCUGGCUUAAAGACCUCCAACAGCAAGUGGACUCCCUAAACAGCCGAAACAAAGUUGAGGACCGGCUGCACACAGCUCAGACCAUUAUGAGCUCCACGUCCGAAGGAGACUUUAAGCUCCAGGAGCUCAGGAGACAAGGCCAGAGUUUGUGUGGCCAGGACCUUGAAGAACACAAAAAACAAGAGGUUCAACAAAAAGUAAGAGGCGCUGAAGAGCAGUGGACCAGAGUAAUGCAAAAUGCUAAACAAGCCCUGGAUCAGGCUGAGAGGCAGUGUGGUCUGGAGGGGCAGCUCAGGGACUAUGAAGCCUUGAGAGACAACACCAGGGCCUGGCUGGAAGACAAGCAGCAGAGCCUCGUCUCUCUGGAUAGUCAGACAGAUCAAGAAAAGACAAUAAACACUGCACAGACCGUCCUUAGCUGCAAGCCUGAGGGAGACUCCAAGCUGACAGAACUGAGGAGACAGAGCCAGAGUCUGUCUGACCAGGAGGACCUGGAGGAGAACACGAGACUAGAGGCUCAGCAGGCUGUGAAGGAUUCAGAGGAGCAGUGGAGGGCAGUCCUGCAGGCCGCUGAGAACACUCUGAAGAAAGCUGAGGUCCACUAUUCGCUCUCCAGGGAGCUGGACACCUUCCGUUCCCAAGCAGGGAGCACCAAAACCUGGGUUAAAGAGCUGCAGCAACAGGCCGAGUCCAAAGGGAGUGGCACCCGGGGCAGCCGGACUCAGAUACAGGACAGGCUGAACACAGCUCAGAUCAUCUUGAGCUCCAAGUCAAAUGGUGAGGCUGAAGUGAUGGAGUUGAAGAGGCGAGCGCAGAGUCUGUGUGAGCAAAAAGACCUGGAGGGAGACAAGAAACUGGAGGUUCAGCAGACGGUCGAAGACACUGAGCAGCAGUGGAGGACGGUCCUGCGGGCUGCUGAGGAGACACAGAGACAGUUGAAGGGUGUCGUGGAGCGCAUGGUUUCCUGUCAGUACAAGCGAGACAACGCAGAGGCCCGUCUGUCUGACCUUCAGAAGCAGACGUCCAGCCUUCCCCGUGUCUUUCCCUGGCCGGGCCUGGGAGAGCGGAGGCAGGCGGUGGAACAGACCCGGAACCUGCUAGACCAGAGCACAGCUUUGGUACCUGUCCUGUCAGACGUCCGCACGCAGUCUGCAGAGCUGUUUGAGAUCACACAGGACUGUGACUGGUCAGAUCCAUCCUGGGCAGCCAAAGAGAAGUGCAUUCCUGCUCUGCUGAAAGAGCUAACGGAUGCAGUCGCUAACCUGGAGCAGGGCAUCCUGACAGAGAGGCAGUGCACUCAGCUGGUGGAGCAGCAUGAAGCAGCCCAGGACUGGCUGAGGGAGCAGGUUAAAGGCCUGGGAGCUCCUCCAGCAGACAGACAGGGUCUGCACAGCGCUGUGAACACUCUGAAGGCUUUGCUCCAGACAGUGGACAGGGAGCACAGAGAGAUGAAGGUUCUGGACUCUGCAAGAGACAGUUUGCUGAGCCUCUGCACCCCUGGAGGACGGGAUGCCCUGACUCUGGAGGUCAGCCAUCUCCAUGACCUCUGUGCCACCUCAGAGAAGGAGGUGAGGGAGCGCCUGAGUGUCUGUGAGAAGCAGCUAGAGCAGCUGGACAGUCAGCUCGCCAGGAGGGCCCAGGGGCUGAAGGAGAGAGCUGCAGCCCUGCAGUGGGAGCUCCGCUCUUUGGAGCAGGCGCUCAGUUACAGUGAACCACAGAACAACAUCUCUCAGCUCCAGCAGCACUGGCACAGCCUUCAGAACUGUGAGAAAUCUCUACAAGAUUUGGGUGUCAAAGUUCAUGACCUUUACCAGGAAGUAAAGGCUACACCAGCCACAGACGAGCUGCCAGCAGAAAUUAUCACAGUGGUGGAGUCCUUACACCGUCAACAUGACAGUCUAAAGUCCAGGCUGAGUGAGCAUCAGGGUACCUGCUCUACAAACACAGCUUGCUGUCUGAUGGACUGUCUUCACGCCCUGCAGGAAUGGAACCAAAGCAAACCAUCUGAGUUCACUUCUUCUGUGCAGGUGACAUUAGAGGAAGGUGAAAAGUUGCAGGUCAGUCUGCGGGAGGCGCUUUCUCACCAGUUUCUACCAGACUGUCUUAUGCCGGAAUUGUUUGAGAAACUGGAGAGAGAGGGUUCAGAGGCACUCAGAGAAGCAGACACACAAAAGGCUUCUCUCAGCCAGAGCUUCAAGGAACGUGAUGAAAAAAGUAAACAAAAGCUCCCUGAUAUAAAUACAUCUGUAGUGGCACCACCACGAAAAAAGAAGCGCUCACCAGAGAAAAAGCACAUAGUUACACUUCAGAAAAACAUUCCCUCAAUGGAAAAAUCUACAUCUAGUGAGGAUGAAUUGUCCGUUUCAGCUGAGCUGCAAACUGAGGCUAAAACAUCAAAGCCUACUUUGACAGCAGUCAUGGAAAACACAAAAAUGACUGGUGUGGAGCAAACCAGAAUUGAACCAACAAAAGAGAAAUCUCAGGGUCCAACAUAUGCUUCAGAACCAUUUACAGCACAACAUUACAACAUUUCUCAAGAGGCACAGUUUAAAAGCAGAAAUAUCACAGCUGGGCCUGUUGGAGCUGAGAAAAUGAAACCUUCUGUUGAGGAAACUGUACUGAUCCAAAAAGUCAUUGAGCAGUCUGCUCCGGGUGUUAGUGAUAAAAAUAUACCUGUACCAUCCAGAAGGAAGUCCAAGAUUUCAGCUACUUUUACAGAGCCUGUCCAGGCUAAGGUGGAGUCUGAAAUGGUAAAAAAUAUCAUUACUCAAGGGUCAACCCGAAAUCUGAAAGGAAGUGCUGCUGUUGAAGAAACAAAUAUAGCAACCGCCAUGCUAGAUGUAUCAGAGCCAUCCUAUACCAUCCCCAUAACAACUGAUGCUGAAGUUUUACCAACCAGGAGGAAGUCAAAGUGUCUUGAUGUUUCCACAGUUCCAGAGUCAUUAUCCCCUCUUGGUAGAAUUACUGUUGUGGAACAUAAGGAAACACAACCAGAACCAGAGUUUGUUCAAGGACAAGCUGAAACAGCUGAUGUCGAACAAAGAAAGUUUCUGCCACCCAAGAGAAAGUCAAAGAGUACAGAACUUCCUCUUAAACUUGCUUACACUGAGGCACUUCAGACAAGGGAAGAGCCUGGAGGUCAAAACUCUUCUUUGAGUUCCAAUAACGAAAGUAAAAGUAUUGAAGACACAAAGCUUGUACCAACCAGCAGGAAGUCAAAGAAUGAGGACUUUUUCACAACUUCUGAGACAGUUACCCAUGUUAUAUCAUGUGAUGUGGAGCCUGAACAAAUUAAAAGACAACUUGAAGGUGAAACAUGUUCAACUCAAGGUGUGGUGACAGGACCAACUGAAAUUACUGAUAUGGAAGAAGGAAAGCUUUCGCCUACCAAAAGAAAGUCAAAGGGUCUUAAAACUUCCCACGAACUUCCUACCGCAGAGCUGACAAAGACCAAAGAAGAGCCUGGCAGUCAGAAGCCAUCUUCAACUGAAGACAUGGUCACUGCUCAAACUGAAAUUACUGUUGUCGAAAAAGCAAAGCUCUCACUUACCGAAAUAAAGUCAGAUGGUCAAAAACUUCCUCCAGAACUUGCUACCACAGAGCUGACAAAGACCAUGGUAGAGCCUGACAGUCAGAAGCCAUCUUCAUUGGAAGAAGUGGUCACAUCCCAAAGUGAAAUUACUGUUGUGGAAGAAGGAAAGCUUUCACCCACCAAAAGAAAGUCAAAGGGCCUUAAACUUUCCACAGAACUUCCUACUACAGAGCUGGAAAAGCCCAAAGAAGAGCCUGACAGGCAGAGGCCAUCUUCAACUGCAGAGGUGGUUACAUACCAAACGGAAAUUACUAUUGUGGAAGAAGGAAAGCUUUCACCCACCAAAAGAAAGUCAAAGGGCCUUAAACUUCACCCCGAACUUCCUACUACAGAGCUGGAAAAGCCCAAAGAAGAGCCUGACAGGCAGAAGCCAUCUUCAUUGGAAGAAGUGGUCACAUCCCAAAGUGAAAUUACUGUUGUGGAAGAAGGAAAGCUUUCACCCACCAAAAGAAAGUCAAAGGGCCUUAAACUUUCCACAGAACUUCCUACUACAGAGCUGGAAAAGCCCAAAGAAGAGCCUGACAGGCAGAGGCCAUCUUCAACUGCAGAGGUGGUUACAUCCCAAACGGAAAUUACUGUUGUGGAAGAAGGAAAGCUUUCACCCACCAAAAGAAAGUCAAAGGGCCUUAAACUUAGCCCAGAACUUGCUACCACAGAAUUGACAAAGACCAUGGUAGAGCCUGACAGUCAGAAGCCAUCUUCAACUGCAGAGGUGGUCACAACCCAAACGGAAAUUACUGUUGUGGAAGAAGGAAAGCUUUCACCUACCAAAAGAAAGUUAAAAGGUCUUAAACCUUCCUGUGAAAUUCCUACCACAGAGCUGACAAAGACCAUGGUAGAGCUUGAAAGUCAGAAGCCAUCUUCAAUUGAAAAGGUAGUCCCAAUCCAAACAGAAAUUACUGUUGUGGAAAAAGCAAAGCUCUCACUUACCGAAAUAAAGUCAGAUGGUCAAGAAGAAGGAAAGCUUUCACCCACCAAAACAAAGUCAAAGGGCCUUAAAUUUUCGCCAAAACUUGCUACCACACAGCUGACAAAGACCAUGGUAGAGCCUGACAGUCAGAAGCCAUCUUCAACUGCAGAGGUGGUCACCACCCAAACUGAAAUUACUGUUGUGGAAGAAGGAAAGCUUUCACCCACCAAAAGAAAGUCAAAGGGCCUUAAACAUUCCACAGAACUUACUACCACAGAACUGACAAAGACCAUGGUAGAGCCUGACAGUCAGAAGCCAUCUUCAACUGCAGAGGUGGUCACAUCCCAAACGGAAAUUACUGUUGUGGAAAAAGGAAAUCUUUCACCCACCAAAAGAAAGUCAAAGGGCCUUAAACUUUCCACAGAACUUACUACCACAGAACUGACAAAGACCAUGGUAGAGCUUGACAGUCAGAAGCCAUCUUCAAUUGAAAAGGUGGUCACAACCCAAACGGAAAUUAUUGUUGUGGAAGAAGGAAAGCUUUCACCUACCAAAAGAAAGUCAAAGGGCCUUAAACUUUCCCCAGAACUUGCUACCACAGAAUUGACAAAGACCAUGGUAGAGCCUGACAGUCAGAAGCCAUCUUCAACUGAAGAAGUGGUCACAUCCCAAACGGAAAUUACUGUUGUGGAAAAAGGAAAUCUUUCACCCACCAAAAGAAAGUCAAAGGGCCUUAAACUUUCCCCAGAACUUACUACCACAGAACUGACAAAGACCAUGGUAGAGCCCGACAGUCAGAAGCCAUCUUCAACUGAAGAAGUGGUCACAUCCCAAACGGAAAUUACUGUUGUGGAAAAAGGAAAUCUUUCACCCACCAAAAGAAAGUCAAAGGGCCUUAAACUUUCCACAGAACUUGCUACCACAGAACUGACAAAGACCAUGGUAGAGCUUGACAGUCAGAAGCCAUCUUCAAUUGAAAAGGUAGUCCCAAUCCAAACGGAAAUUACUGUUGUGGAAAAAGCAAAGCUCUCACUUACUGAAAUAAAGUCAGAUGGUCAAGAAGAAGGAAAGCUUUCACCCACCAAAAGAAAGUCAAAGGGCCUUAAAUUUUCCCCAGAACUUCCUACCACAGAGAUGAUAAAGACUGUGGUAGAGCCUGACAGACAGAAGCCAUCUUCAACUGAAGAAGUGGUCACAUCCCAAACGGAAAUUACUGUUGUGGGAAAAGGAGAGAUUUCACCCACCAAAAGAAAGGCAAUGAAUGUAAAUCUUCCCAUAGAACGUGAUUCCACAGAGCUCACAAAGACCACAGAAGUGCCUGGCAGUCAGAAGCCAUCUUUAUCUCCAGAGAUGGGCAUAGCACAAAUUGAAUUUACUCUUGUGGAAAAAGGAACGCUUUCACCAAGCAAUAGAAUGUCAAAGGGUCUUGAGGUUUUCACGGAACAAGACCCAGAGUCUGAGAAGGUACCUCAAAGUGGAAAGCCUGUGUGUGCACAGGGGGGUGCAGCAUUAACUGAACUUGCUGAAUCAAGAGAAUCAAGUAAGUUUUCACUAACUGCCCUCCAAAGACCUACUGAUAUAGAGCCUGAAGAUUCUAAGAAACAACUUCAAAUUGUGGAGUCUACCACAGCUUUAGAGGUGGUCACAAGGCAGACUGAAAUUGUUGUGGGAGAGCUUGUACGGACCAUAGGAAAGUCAAAGAGUCCAGAACUUUCUGGAACUUCACAGACUCAUACACAACCUGAACAAUCUAAGAAACGGUCUAAAAGUUCAGAGAUUGCCAUGGCACCAUGGACCAAGAUGCAAAAUAUUGAUAUUGUUAGUAUAAGCCAACCUCCAAUCAUGGGUGAUGUUAAAUCAACUGUUCCUCAAAAAGUGGAACCGGCUGAGGACAGUCAAUGUACUGUGAAGAACGUCAGUCCAGUAGGUGAUAAGUUUACUGUUGAACUUGGUGGCACCGUUCCGGAGAUCCCAGGAAAGAAAGUGGCCACGGUCAUUCUGGACACGUCUGAGGUUCUUGUAAAGAUAGCUGAUACUCAGCCAUGGAUGAGUACUGAGAGUGUAAAUAUUCAGACCCCUGGAUUGGUGAGGGUUGAGACCACAUAUGUGCAACCAUCAGAAAAAAUGGAUACUUGUACAUCUCAGGCUGAACCUCUGGAGCCUGUCCUCAUUUCAACCAUGACCAAAUCUCCACAUUCUGAGUUACAGGAGCUUAAAGACGGUUCUAAAGAGCCCGUAGAACAAACCAUUACCCAGUCUGAAGAAAGAGACUAUAGUACAGUGCCUCAACCAAAUCUUUCCGAGCCUACUGACACACCACAUGUGGCAGAUUACAUAGACAAAUUAUGGAAAAAUGCAGAUGAGAUUCAGAAGAGAUAUCUGGUCCUUGAUGUGCCUGAGAUAGCAGUUACCCAGACAUGUGAGAUAAAGCCAGAUCAGCCAGAGGCAGAAAGUGUAGCUGAAAGUCAUUCCACCCAAGGUAUCUCUGCUGUUUUUGAAGCGGUGCAGCCUCAUAGGGCAGAGACAGAAAUUUUUGAAAUAAGCUCAUCUGAGCAAGACAUAAUCAAACCAUGUGAAACUGCAAGUCAACUGAAGCUCUUGGAAACCACACAGGAAAGACCCAAAGUGGACAAGGUUCAUACUGUCAGAGAAGAGCAUGCUGAAGUAUCAACACGAGCCAUUCAUGAUAUACCUAAGAGCCUGGAUGAAAACUAUGUUAAGAAAAUCCACAUGGGGCCUGAAGUGCACAUUCUACAAUUAGAUAUACAGACAAACCCAGAGAAGGAUGAAAACACGUCUGUCACACGAGCAAAAAGGAUAGAUAUUGUUCAAACAAGUAUCCAGAGCAAAAGGGUGCCAAAAAGCAAAGAUGUGGCUACUGCUGAUGUUAAGCCAGAGAAGGCUGCACUUAAGAUGACUACGGUAGAGGUGCGAGAAAGCAGUACUGAAUGUCAAGAUGAUGUGGCUCAAAGGGACUCUGCUCAACCCACGUCUUCUGUUUCUAAAUUGCAACCACAUGAGACAGAAACAAAAUGUAUAGAAAUAAGCUUAUAUGAGCAAGACAUAGUAAAACCGAGCCAAACUGAAAUUAAUACUGGGUUCUUGAAAAGGGAACAGAAUAGACCUAGAGAGAUCAUGGAACGUGGGGUCCAAGAAGAGCAACCUAAAGUAUCAACACAGGGUAUGUACGAUGUACCCAAGAACCUGGAUGAGAAGUCUGUUAGGAUGGAGAAAACCCACACGGGGCCUGAAGUGUGUGUUAUACAACUAGAUAUCUCAACCAGUCUUGAGGAGCGUGACUGCACAUUUGUCACAAUAUCAAAAGAGCCGAGGACUGAUAUAGUUCAAACAAGUAUCCAGUGUGAAAGAGCGCCAGAAAACAAAGAUAAGACUUCUGAUGUUAAACCGGAGAAAGCUGCUGUAAAGACAAGAAUAGGAGCGCAACAAAUGAGCACUGAGACUGUGGCUAAGAGUGACUCCACUCAACCCACCUCUGUUUCUUUUGCAGCAGUGCAGCCAAGUGAAGCAGAGACAUUUACAGAAAUAAUGUUAUCUGAGCAAGACACUGUAAAACCAAGCGAUAAGCAAGAGUUCAUGAGUACCACACAGAAAAGACCCCAAAAGGUCAAGGACCUCGUUGUGCAAGAAGUGCAUGCUGUAGUGUCAACAAAAGAAUUGCAUCCUCAGAGCCUGGAUGAAAAGUCUGUUAGGAUGGAGAAAAUCCUCAAAGGGGCUGAAGUGUGCAUUUUCCAAGCAGAUCCGCAGGCCCCCAGCCCAGUUCACAGUGAUCAAUCAAGUAUCCAAUGUGAAAAAGUUGAAAAGGUGUCAGAGAACAGAGGCCUGACUUCAGCUGAUGUUCAGCCAGAAAAGGUUGUAGUCAAGACGUCUAGAGUGGAAAUGCAAGAAGUCCGUAUGGGAAGGCAAGAGAAAGUGGCUGAAAGUGACUCCACUCACCUACCUGCCUCUGACAUUAUUACAUCUGCUCAGCCACAUCAGCCAGCGACAGACUUUGUAGAAAUAAGCUUAUCUGGACAAGACAAGUUGAAACCAAACCAGACUGUGACUCAGCUAGAGCUCCUGAAAACCACACAGGACAGACCCAAAGAGGUCCAAGACAUUAGUGUCCAUGAAAAACAUGCCAAAGUAUCACCACGUGACAUGCAGGAUGUACCCAAGAGCCUGGAUGAGAAGUCUGUUAGGAUGGAGAAAACCCACACGGGGCCUGAAGUACGUGUUUUACAGCUAGAUAUCUCAACCAGUCUUGAGGAGCGUGACUGCACAUUUGUCACAAUAUCAAAAGAGCCGAGGACUGAUAUAGUUCAAACAAGUAUCCAGUGUGAAAGAGCGCCAGAAAACAAAGAUAAGACUUCUGAUGUUAAACCGGAGAAAGCUGCUGUAAAGACAAGAAUAGGAGCGCAACAAAUGAGCGCUGAAAGGCAAGAGACUCUGGCUAAGAGUGACUCCACUCAACCCACCUCUGUUGCUUUUGCAGCAGUGCAGCCAAGUGAAGCAGAGACAUUUACAGAAAUAAAGUUAUCUGAGCAAGACAGGUUGAAACCCAUCCAGACUGUGACUCAGCUAGAGCUCUUUAAAACCACACAGGAGAGACCCAAAGAGGUCCAAGACAUUAGUGUCCAUGAAAAGCAUGCCAAAGUAUCACCACGAGACAUGCAGGAUGUACCCAAGAGCCUGGAUGAGAAGUCUGUUAAAAAGGGAGAAAUCCAUGUGAGCGUUCAUGAAUGCCGAACUGUCCAAAUAGAAAAGGAACCGAGGAUGGAAUCCAGUGUCCAGCUUAAGACAGAUAAUGAAAGCAAGGAUGUGACCACCACUGAUGUUCAGCCUGACAAGUCCGCAAUUAAGAUGACCGAGGCAGGAGUGCGAGAAAGCUUUACUGAAUCCCUGUCUGAGCCCAGUGUGGUCCCUAGGGUCCAAACAGAGAGCCACUCAACAAAGAAGAAAGAAGAAGAGAAGGACGACAACAGUACAAUUCAGGUUAAGGAAAUGGAAAAGGUGGUCACUGUAGAAAUACAAAAUGUUCCACUCCCAAUGGCCACAACCCCCACCACUGGUGAAGUGAGGCUUCAGAGUAUGGAUCCGCCACAGGUGUACAGGGCUGACAAGAUAUCACCAGCAUUGCUGCAGGCAGUUCAGAAAUCCUCAACUGACAUUAUCAGGGAUGAAAUAACCCUGGUGGAAGGAUUGCCCUCUCAGGAGAACAAAGCCCAAGCAGAAGCAAGUGUUGCUUCUGUUGUGAAGACUGUUGUGAAGACUGAGAAACUUGUUCUGGAGGUCCCAGAAGGAUCUGCUAUGAGGAAGAUCUUCACAGAAAUACAGCGACCCACAGGGACAGGACCCAGCAGUCCAAUCAGUGAGGGCAAACCACAGGAAGAUGCUCCAGAGGCUCUGAUAUCAUCCAGCAGUGAUGCGGGCAAUCAUCUAAGCAGGAUGAUGUCUAAAGUAUUGAGCUGCAAGAACCAACCAGCUGAGCUCAAUCCGACAGCCAUGGCACAGCAGCUGGAGGAGGCUCAGGAGUGCCGAGAGACUGCCCAGGCACAGCUGUCAUUGCUCUCUCAGUUGAGACGGGCUGAUUCUGAGAACAGGAUUGCUAUGGAGCAAGUGGAGGACCACUGGAGUACUGCUGUUCAGGAUGCAGCGGCUGUCAUCCAGAGUAAAGAGGCCCAGCUGCAGGUGGUGACUGAUUACUGCAGACAGAGCCAAGCAGCCAAGACCACACUGGAGAGACUUACGGCAGAACUGGAUGCUGUCAGAAUGUCCCCAAAGGAGAGUAGCUCCAAGGAGGCAGUGCAACUACGCUCGUUACAGAGAAGUAUGGAGGAGAACAGAACCGUACUUGGGGAGUUGCUCGUGACUCAUACCAAGUUAUGCCCCCACCUCAGUCGGUCUGAGCGAGUAACCGCGCAGACUGAGCAGGAGAACCUACAAGAGAAGUGGAGAGGCCUGGAAAGAGCUGUGGAGCGGACUUUGCAUCACGCGAAUGUCCAUUCUCACAAGACCAGCAGCCUUAUGUCUGAGAUAUCAGGUCUUCAGGAACAUUUGGAGACAAUCGUUAAAGACCACGAUGCCAAGUCUUCUUCAGUUACUGAGUGGAAUUGCAAGAAGGCGCAACAGAUGAUGGUAGCAAAUGCUGAGUUUAAAGCUGCCCAGCAAAAAUACCUUCAUUUGCAGCAACUGUCAGAGGCACUACUUCUUAGUUCACGGUGGGAAAAAGAAACAAAAGAGAUACAGCAGGGACUUCAGAGGGUCAAAGACCAACUGUGCCACACAGAGGAGCUCGUGCUCUCUCAAACCCAGAACAGCAACAACCCCAUCAUGGAGAAAAUCAUCGUGGUGAUGAGGGAUGGCCUUGCCUGGGCGAAGCAGACAGAGUGUGACAUUGAGGGCAGGAGGAAGAGGGUGGCACUCCUCCCUGAGGAGGUGCACCGGCAGCUCAGAGAUCUGAAGAAGAUGCAGUCUGAGGUUAUGACCAAACAGGGUCAACUGGAGUCACUGGUGGAGGAGAUGACAGAGCUCCUUCCACAGCUGGACCAGGCUGAGGAGGUGCCCAUGGUGCGCUCCUCUCUGCAAUCCCUUGAAGAACUCUCAAAGUCAACUACUGAGAAGCUAGCCAUGGCCGUGAGAGAGAUAGAGUCAGGACUGCAGACCAGAGAAAAGCUAUCAGAGCAGAUUGCUGACCUAGAUUCCUGGGUUGUGGCUCAUCUGCACAGAGAAGCCUCCAGGAGUGCCAGCUGUGAGUUCAGGAAUCCUGCUGAACUUGACCGCAGAGUUCGUCAGAUUCAAGAGACCCUGGCUGAGGCUGAGAAGCAGUCCGCUGUCUGUGAGGCUCUUUUAAUGAAGAGCAAAGACAUUUCCUCUGAACUCAGCAUCACAGAGAACUGUCAGCUUUUUGACAAUCUUACCAACCUCCAGGAGGACAUCAGAGCCAUCAGCAGCUAUGAGAAGACCAAUAAAAAGGAGCUGGAUGAACUCACUUCAGCUGUAGAUUCAAGCAAAAAGAAACUGGUCACCAUUGAAAAAAGCCUGAGGCAGAUGUUAGUAGAUGUGAGUAGACACAGAUACCCGAUCACAAGAGAGUCCCUGCAAGCUUUGGAACCUUUCAAACACAUGAUUUUGGAGUACAAAUCCCAGGUUGACCUCUUGCAACAAUGGAUUCCCCAGGAAAAGACAAGGGAACUGUAUUUGGUCAUUUCUGAACUUCACAGCAAAAUGACCACUCUGGAGAUGAAAGCCACAGAUCAUGAGAGGUACCUGAACAUGAGGCAGUGUGUGGAGGACCUCAGUGAUAACAUCCAGGAACAGUUCCGUCAGACCAAAGACGACAGCAGAGCGCUGGAGGAGAAGUACAAAGUCUGUCAGACCCUCCUAGUCCAGUUUCCUCUGAUAAAAUAUUUAUCUGAGGAGGCUGGUUCCAAACUCCAGAUGAUCUGUGCUGACCUUUACCCGUCACAACUGAAUGCAGAGCGACAGAGACUGAAACAAAAAGAGGAGAGCCUUGACACCUUGGAAAUGACGCUCUACAACGACCUCAGCAUCAUCGAGUGGAACCUGCUUGAGGAACUGGACCUCGACUCAGAGACGGCAGACGCUCAGACUUUCCUCUGGAAGACCCAGCAGGAGCUCCAGGAACUCCCCAUGUUGACGCCAAAUGAAGCGGCAAUCAGCAACAAAUACCAGAGAAUCAUAUAUUUGAAAAAGACUGUAGAGUCAAGAAUGAGAGCGUUGGAGGUUCUAGAGAAGAAGAAGGGAACCAGACAAGGAAGUCGAUUGCAGAAUCUGACGGAGUUGAAGAAUGCAGUCCUCAGUGAAUGUGACUCACAAAUGGAGAACAUCUCCCAGGCCAGAGAGUCUUUGAGAAGCUACACAUGUGAUGUUAGACAAGCAGUACAAUUCCUGAGGAACAUCGAGCCCUCUCUGCUGCCGCCGCUGGGCCCUGCGGGACUCUGCUCUGAAAGGCUAGAGGAGAUCCAGCAGGCUUUGGCCUCACUGCAACAGCAGUUCCAGACUCAUGUGGAGCAGCUCCAGAACCAGGUUGCCCUGCAUCCUUACUUGUCCCCCCAGAAGGUGGAGCAGCUCCAGGAGAAUAUUCUGAGCCAGCUCCUGGUGAGGAUGUCCACUCUGCAGGCAAAGGGCCAUGUUCGACUGGAGUGUCUCUGCAGGUGUGCAGAACAUCACAGAAAAUACACCAAGUGCCAAGAUGAAAUUACUCUGAGUGUGAAGAGAGCAGAGAACAGCCUUUCAGGGUUCAUCAGUCAAAAGGUCACCUGUCUCACUGACUGCACUGACCAGCAAGCCAACCUCAAAGCUCUGUCUGAGGAGGUGGAGUCCCUGCAGAGGCGUCUGGAGGAGCUGAAGGAGUGGUGCCCAGAGCAGAGCUGUCGUGGAGGCAGGGAGGCCGCCGUGACUUCUCUCUGGAAACGGAUAUCAAGACUAGGUCGCUGCACACAAGCACUGACAACUCGCUGUAAACGGAGGAUCGCAGAAUGGAGCGAAAUCACCAACAGUGUCGAAAAGGCCUCUGCUGUCCUGGAGCAGGUGGAGGCGGAGCUUCCAGAUGGCUCCUGGCUGAAGGCCUCCACUGAGGAGCUUCAGGACUUGCUGCAGUCCUGGGAACAGUACCAGGAAAGCCUAGACUGCGAACACCGAGCCUUGUCCGCACUGGAACUGCGCACUGCCCGGCUGCUGGGUGUCCCCGCCCACCUGGAGCGGGCUCCUCCCACUCCACUCUGUCAACAGCUGCAGGCGAUGCAGAGUCGAUACAGCAGUGUGAAGCAGAGGAGCAGGGAUGGUUUGAAGGCGGCCAGGAUGGAGCUGGAGGAUAGGGAAAAGGUUCGGGAUGAGCUGCAGGGCGUCCGGGUUUGGCUGGAGGCUGCAGAUGGUCUUCUGUCAGAGAUGGAGCAGAGCAGCAGCACACAGGAGCUCCAGGAGGUUCACAGCCAGCUGUGUACCCAGAAGGUUUUGCUCCAGAGCAUCAUGGAGAGGCUAAGGAUGAAGUACUCAGACAUGUACACUCUGGUCCCGGUCGAGAUCGAAAGCCAGCUGAAGGAGGUCAAACAGUCCCUGCAGCAAGUUGAAGUAAAGGUGGGAGAGGCGGUGAAGAGGAGCGGUCCUGUCCACAGGCUGGGGGCAAAGCUGUCUGAGAUCCAGGCUGGCCUGAGGUCAGUUCAGAAAAGACUUGAAGAGCAAGGCCCCACUGUGACUCACGCAAAGAUCACUCAGAAGCGUGUGUGGGAUGAGCUGGACGUGUGGCACUCGUGCAUGGCGGCGCUUGAGGUGGACAUGCAGGACUUGGAGAAACCAGAGGAGGCACUGACCCUCACUGAGAGACUUGUGGAGGUCCAGCAGCUCCACUCCCACUUGGCCAAACAGGCGGAGCAGAGGACCACCCUCAUCAGCAAGAUCCAAACGUGGCUUCAGGAGCAUCAGGAGAUGAUUAAGAGCUCUAAAAGCUGGAUGGCAGAGGCUCAGUCGUGGCUCGCUGCUCCCUGCACCUACACCAGCGCUAAGUGUCUGAGUGGCCAUGUUCGCGCUCUGCAGACGGUGUUGGAUGACUCGGCACAGAUCCGAACCACUCUGCAGGGCUUCAGCUCAGUUCUGAAGGAAAUGUCACAGGUUUGUGACGUCACAGCUCUCCAGGAACAACUAGUCGACGCCGACCGCCAAGUGGCCAACGUUCAAGACAGCUUCACUGCUCCUCUGUCUCAGCUGGAGCACGCCGCUGCCGAGGUGGAAGCCAUUGAGAGUGAAGUCAAGCGGAUGGAGAAUGAUGUGGCUGAAGUCAAGACCUUAUUAUCGUCUCCAGAGACUUUCCCCAGCCCCAGAGAAGAAAGCCUUAAGGCUGUUGAGCAGAGGAUCCAGUCCAUGAGGAGGACUGUAGCGGAGAUCCAGAAGUGUAAACCAGACCUUUGUCUUCCAGAGAAGGCUGAAGAGACCCUGACUGUCUUUACUGUAGUGGACCAGCUCCAGACUCUGCUGCUGGAACUGGAGAAGAAGGUACCUGCUGUGUUCAUCCAGCAGCCCGCGACUCCGAUCCAAACCAAAGUUCUGUUGGCCCAGCAGACGACCUCUCAGCCUCAACUUCUAAAAUCCACUUCAGUGGAGUCUGAGCAGGAUCAAAUCAGAAUUGCUCAUGUUGAAGCGGACGUACUGAAGAGAUCCGGAGCCAUGCUGCAGACAGUGAAGCAGUCCUCACCUGAACAGAGACUGUCCUGGACACCUGACAGCACUCAGCAGCGGGAGCAUGAAGGCGUGCUCCAGGCUGAAGAAGCCGGAGAGGAAAAAGGGAGUGAGGAGCAGAGAGUGGAAGAAGGUGGAGGAGGUGUUUUCUGGUGGCUCUGGGAUGCUUUCCUGGGCACUUCUCCAGAGGAACCUACGGUUGUUGUCCCCAAAGAGACUGAAGCUGCCACCGGACAAAGCAGUGAACGGCCGAUAGAAGAUAGACAGGAUGUUGAGGGCCCUACUGACACCACAGAAGCAAGUUCAUCUGAAGCGUUAUCAGAACCCCCGGGCACAGUCAGAACCCAGUCACUGCCCGAGAGCAUGGUAAACACGCCCUCCACCGUCUCCAAAGCCGACGCUGGGUCCCAGCAGAAAUGUGUAGAGCUCAUGAAGGGACAGAGGGGGCUUGCAUGGAGGGUGGAAGACCCAGAGGGGCUGAAGACACACACAGUAUAUACACAGAGCACACAGGACAAGAACCCAAUCACACCUGUCCAGAACACACUCAAAGAUUUUAGAGCUGUCAGAUCAGAAAGCAGUGAGGUGGACAGCUUGUGUCGCUCUCCCUCCUCCUGUGAUAAAGAGUCGCUGUCACUGGAGCCCUGCCACCGCUCCAGGAAGUGGUUUCUGCCACAGGUGGGCGGAGCAGAGAGCGAGGGAAAGAGAGAGAGAGAGAUAACCAGGCAGGGGAAAGAGACUGGAAGUGUUAGUGCCCUGGAGGAGCCUCGGCCGGCCGGGUCCCCGCCUGGGCCCCGCCCCAUUGAAGGUGUCCUCCAUGUCUGCCUAGAGAGCGUCUGCCAGCUGGAGCUGUGGCUGCAGAACGCCCAGAGGAGCCUGGUAGCUGCCGGUUCAUCGACCAUGCAGGUCAGCAUGGAGCAGCAGCUCCUCACCUGCCAGGAGAUGUUCCUGGAGAUCGAGCAGAACGUUGCGAGCCUGGCGGCGCUUGGCCAGGCCGCUGACCAGCAGCAGCAGCAGCAGCAGGAUGAACUGGGAGCUGUGGGAUCCCAGCACGAAACAGCUGAGCUGCUCUCCUCCAAACUGGAGCUCCUGAAGGCCAACCUGGUCUGCUUCCAGCAGCUGCUACAGGACAGACAGGGAGAGGAGAGAACGAUAACACAGAAGUCGGUACCUCAGCCAGAGCACUACCUGGAGUCUAAGUUGAAGUGCAGCAGCAGCAGCAGCAGCAACGUUCAGGAAAUCUUCUCCUCACCGAGAAACAAACUGCUCAGACAGAGCAGCCUGCAACAGCAGAAGGAGCUGGAGCAGGAGCUGACUGAACAGAGAGGACUGACUCAGGCCAUCUCCAGGCAGGGCAGCAGAGCUCGACUCCACAGCCAGGAAGCAGAGGACCACAGCCAGCUGUCACCAUGGUCGCCUCCUGUUGAGGCUGAUGUGGAGGAGCACUCUGCUCAGAAGAAGUGGGAUCGCCUUCACAGUCGGCUGCUGGCUCUGGAGGAGAGCUGGCUGCUUCCUCCUCCUGAAGUGUCAGACUCAUCUAGGAGGCGUAGUGAUGGAACAGUGGGACGCAUGAUUGACACGCAAACCCUAAAAGAGCUCCAAACCCACAUCACCCACCUGAGGGAGCUGGGACACACAGCGACAGAGCUUCUCAAUCAGGCCCCCGCUGUGGACGGCUCCCAUCAGACGCUGGACGAGGGUUUGUUUCAUGUGCUGUAUGGAGCGUCCCUGUGCCUGUCCGCCAUCAACAACCUGCUGCACUCUCCUGCUGGGACGCCACAUGAAGAAGACGCACAGCAGAGGCUGCUGCAGCUGCAGAGUCUGUCGGAACAGCUGACUACCCUUGGCAGUGAACUGGCGUCGCAGGGGUCAAAGGUCAGCCGUGUCCUGGGGUCAGAGUGUGGUCAGCAGGGUGUAGACUCUCUGUGUAGACUCCUUCCCGUGGUCCAGGCUGCACUGAACAGCAGAGAGAAGCAGCUCAGAGACCUGCAGGAGGAGACUGCAGAGCAACAGAACCGGUGUUGUCUGUUUAAGCAACAGACACAACUAAACGAGUUGCAUGCAGCCUUCACUUCUAACCAGGCGACUGUUCACCAAAUAAUUAAUGAAUUCAAUGGAACCCUGGACCUUAACAAGCAACUACAGAACCUGCUGCACUCUCCUGCUGGGACGCCACAUGAAGAAGACGCACAGCAGAGGCUGCUGCAGCUGCAGAGUCUGUCGGCACAGCUGACUACCCUUGGCAGUGAACUGGCGUCGCAGGGGUCAAAGGUCAGCCGUGUCCUGGGGUCAGAGUGUGGUCAGCAGGGUGUAGACUCUCUGUGUAGACUCCUUCCCGUGGUCCAGGCUGCACUGAACAGCAGAGAGAAGCAGCUCAGAGACCUGCAGGAGGAGACUGCAGAGCAACAGAACCGGUGUUGUCUGUUUAAGCAACAGACACAACUAAACGAGUUGCAUGCAGCCUUCACUUCUAACCAGGCGACUGUUCACCAAAUAAUUAAUGAAUUCAAUGGAACCCUGGACCUUAACAAGCAACUACAGGCUGUGGUUCAGAUGCAGGAGUAUCUCCAGCAGCAGGUGGAGCAGGUGAGCUCCCUGCUGGAUGAGGCUGAACACCACCUGCCUGCCUCUCUGAUCCACCAGGUUACUCAGCUGCAGGGCGAGCUGGACAGCGCUCUGGGUGGUGUUCGCUCCCGCUGUGAGGAGCUGAAGAGCAGCGUGGAGCUGCAGCAGCAAUGUGAGCGGCUGGUCCACAGCCUGGAGGAGCUGCUCGCUCUGGGCUCUGAGCGCCUCACACAGCAGCUUGACACAGAGCUCCACAACAGAGCUCAGCUCCAGCAGCAGCACAGCAGUCACAUGAAGUUCUUCCAGUUCCUGGGCCACCAUUUCAGGAUCCUGCAGGACCUGACCCAGAGGGUCCCAGAGAGCGCCCUCCAGGGGUGGCAGGGUGCAGGGAUGGACCUGCAGGAUGAGGUGGCCCGACUGCAGCAGCACGGACUGGAGAAGGGGACCAGGAUGCGGGAAACAUUGCAGAUCUGGUCGCAGUGGGAGGAGGACAGCUCCUGGGCAGACUCCCUGCUGAGAGACAUUGAGACUUCAUUUCCCAAGAUGCACGAGGGGGGUGAUUUUGAAGAUCAGAUAUCAGACAAGCUCUCUUUCUACCAGGAGCUGUGCAGCGUUCUCGAGGGGAGCAAGGCGCGGUGGAGUCGGAUGCUGGAGGCGGGGCUCUGGCUGCAAAGAUUUGGCUGUAAGGGAGUGGGUGUGUCCACCAGAGAGCUGGAUGCACGCUGGAGAGCCCUGCACAAGAAGGCGGAGCACCAACGCACCAGCGUAGACACGAACAAGAAGCUGAGGAGCAGGUUUCUACGUGACUCCGCUGCGUUGGCCGACUGGAUGGGCGGGGCCAGAGAGCUGAUUGACAAAUGGAGUCAGCUCUCCGUCUCAGCCAAUGAGGAGAUGGAUGUUGAACAGAGGCGUGACCACUACCUCCAGUUUGUGGCUUUGACCAAAGAGUUGGAGACCAAAUCUGGACUGAAGGCGGCUGUAAUUGGUGCUGGAACCCGGCUGGUGCAGCUGAGGGAAGCAGAUGGAGACAAGAAAACUUCACCAUCUCAGACUUCAGACCCAGAUCUCUGCUCCGUCCACUCCCAGCUCAGGCAGAUAGAGCUGGACUGGUCCAGUCUGUUGGCCGGCGUUCCUGUCGUCCAACAAGCUCUGCAUAAGCGAUGGAUGGAGACAUUGACCCAGCAAGAGGCGCUGCUGGAGCUGCAGGCCUGGCUGGGAGCUGCUGAGACCCAGCUGGAGGAGCAUCGCAGCAGAAUCAACCAAACCUCCUCCACCAACACUGAUCUGCGUCAGCUCCUGAAAUACAGCAAGGAGUGUCAGGCAGAGAUGUCGGCCCAUCAGGUCACACUGGACUACGUGAACCAGCCGUUAGAGACGUGCAGUACUGAGGAGGGCCAGAGGAGGCGCUAUGAACACAACCAGUUUUCAGAGGAGCAGGGUCGUCUCCGCCAUCAGUGGCUCGGUUUGCAGGAAACCCUCAACUGUCAGAUCCAAGAGGUGGAGCAGCAGCUCAGGAGCAGAGUGGAGCGGGAGGCCCGACUACAGCAGGUCAACAGCUGGAUCACAGAUCAGAACCUCUGGAUCGACUCAGCUCAGACACCCGGCAGCCAGACGGAGCUCCAGAGGAGCCUCAACACCUGCCAGGAUCUUGAGGAGAAGAUCAGGCAGAAGUCUGCAGCUCUUCAGGAGAUGAGAGACAAACUUGAUGGUGGAGGAGAAAACAGAAGCUGUGAUUUCAUCUCUCAGACAAAUAAAUCCAUCCAGGCCUGUGCAGCGCUCACACAACAGAAUGAAUCAGUAAAACAGAGGCUGAUUCAGGCCCAGCAGCUGUGGGACUGUGCGGAGAAGCGACUGAAUCAGAUGAGGAUGAAAACAGUGAGAACAUCUCAGACUCUUGAUGAUCUCAGCAGCUCUCAGCUGUCCGUGCAGGCACACAGAGAUCUCUGUGAAAAGCUGCAGCAGCUUCUUCAUGAGGAGACAGGAGCUUCAGAGGCAGAGUGGGACCAACUGAGUCAAACCAUCUGCCCCCUCAGAGACAUCAUCAGUCCUGCUGCUGCCGUCCUCCUCGCCGAGCAGCUGGACAGACAGAGAGAGAGUUGGACUGUGCUGUCCAGGGUGUUGGACCAGCUGCUCCAGAGGAGUCGGGGUGUCCUGCAGGUCUGGGAGGUCUACUCCCAGCACGCUGCGUCUUUCUCCCAGCGGCUGCGGGCGCUGCAGAGUGACGUCAAGUCAGCGCUGAGCGAAGCACCUAGUGAUGAUAACACGGUGGAGCAGGUCGCUGUUGGGAUGCACGACGUUCAGGGUCUCCUGGAGAGGACAGCCACUUUGCAGUCAGACCUGGAGGGGGUGCUGGAGGCUGCCAAGGACUUGAUUGGCCACCUGGAACCUUCAGCUGCAAGUCUGGUCCAAUCAGAGAGCCGGAUGUUGUCACGUGGUGUCCGGCAGCUCAGCCAGACCCUGACAGGGAAGCUGUGUCAACUGCAGGAGGAGCUCGAGCGGCUGCAGGAGUUUGAAAGCGUCCUGCUGUCACUGGAGAGGAAGCUGGAGCUUUGGCAGGAGUGUCUGCAGAAUGUGGCUCUGACCGCAGACCAGUCUGGCCUCCUAGAGCUCAGUGGCCUGUCUGCUGACCUGGAUGUGUUGAAUGAGCUGAGCUGCAGCCUGACGCUGGGCGACGCUGCAGCACGCCGCCUGCAACGCCUCAACCGCUGCUGGGCCGACGCCUGUGCCAGAGCUGAGGAGGCCUGCAGUGAGCUGCAGACGGCGGCACUGAGGCGACAGAGCUUUGAGCAGAAGUGUGAGAGCUGGAUGUCGUUCCUGCAGAGGAUGGAGGACAGUCUGGCCAUAGACGUGGCCGGCUCUUACGUUGGCCUCAGACAGCAGCUCUGCACACACAAGCGCUUUCAGGCAGAGCUGUCCAUUGGUCACCAGAUCCUUCAUUCAGUCGUCACUGAAGCUCUUCAUCUGCUGCAGAAAGGCGAGGUGGAGGACAGGAGUGACUUCAUCCUGAAGCUUGCCCAGCUCAGGGAACACUGGCAGGGGGCGGUGCAGCGGGCGGACCAGCGGCGCUCCCUGGUGGAGGGGCUGGUGAAGCACUGGCACCUGUACAGCCGCAGCCUGAGGAAGCUGCAGAGAUUCCUGUCGGUCACUCAGACCCUCCUUCCCCCUGCUGGACCAGCCCACUGCAGCUUGCAACAGCUACGACGCUCCCUCCAGGACCUCCAGCACACAGAGCUGCUGUUCCAGAGGUAUCAGUGCAGUUUCAUCCACACUCUGGAAGUCGGUCGGCAGCUCUUUUCCAUGGGGGACGAGGAAACCCAGACUCGGCUGCAGACGGAUCUGGGAACCCUGCAGGAGGAGUGGGACAGCCUGCACAGCCUGCUGGGCCGGAGGAUGGAACUCACCGAGGCUAUCGUCAAGAACUGGGACCGCUGCGAGGCCGGACUAGCAGACAGCAUGCUGCAGCUGAAGGACAUGAAAACCAGACUGAAUCAGUCGAUGCCGGAGUGUGACGACGAGCUGCAGCGUGCGGAGAAAUUCACCAAGGAGAACGAGGACUCCCUGGAGGACUGGGCUGAGAGCCUGACUGAGCUGAGCACCAUGAAGGCGGAUCUGUCCCAGUACAUCAUCGCCGACGAUGUCCUGCUGCUGCAGGAGCAGGUGGAGCACCUGCACUGUCAGUGGGAGGAACUCUGCCUCAAGGUGUCUCUGCGUAAACAGGAGAUUGCAGAUCGUCUGAACGCCUGGAUCAUCUUUAAUGAGAAGAACAAGGAGCUGUGUGAGUGGCUGACUCAGAUGGAGAACAAGGUGGCGCACAACUCCGACCUCAACAUCGAGGAAAUGGUGGAGAAACUCAAGAAGGACUGUAUGGAGGAGAUCAACUUGUUCAGUGAGAAUAAAACCCAUCUGAAGCAGCUCGGAGAACAACUCAUUACAGCAAGCAACAAGGCAAAAGAGACGGAGAUCAAUGACAAGCUGAAGGACGUCAACGACCGCUGGCAGCAUCUGUUUGACCACAUAGAGGCCAGGGUGAGGAAGCUGAAGGAGACGCUGGUGACGGUGCAGCAGCUUGAUAAGAACAUGAGCAACCUGCGGACGUGGCUGUCUCGCAUCGAGGCGGAGCUGGCCAAGCCGGUGGUCUACAACGUCUGCCACAGCGACGAGAUUCAGAGGAAGCUGGCUGAGCAGCAGGAUCUGCAGCGAGACAUUGAGCAGCACACGGAUAGCGUGGCGUCGGUGCUGACCCUUUGUGACGUCCUGCUCCACGAUGCAGACGCUUGCGGCAGCGACUCUGAAAAUGACUCCAUCCAGCAGACCACCCGCAGCCUGGACCGACGCUGGAGGAACAUAUGUGCCAUGUCCAUGGAGAGGAGGAUGAGGAUUGAGGAGACCUGGCGUCUGUGGUGUAAGUUCAUGGACGACUUCUCUCGCUUUGAAGACUGGCUGAAGACCGCUGAGCUCACUGCAGCGAACCCAGACUCUGCCGACGUCCUCUACACCAGCGCCAAAGAGGAGCUCAAGAAGUUCGAGGCGUUCCAGCGGCAGGUUCACGAGCGCCUGACUCAGCUGGAGCUGGUCAACAAACAGUAUCGCCGUCUGGCCCGGGAGAACCGAACCGACGCCGCCAGCAAGCUCAAAGUCAUGGUCCAAGAGGGCAACCGGAGGUGGGACAGCCUGCAGAAGAGGGUGGCUGCUGUUCUCCGCAGACUCAAGCACUUUACCUCUCAGAGGGAAGACUUUGAGGGAACCCGUGAGGGGAUCCUGGUCUGGCUGACAGAGAUGGACCUCCAGCUCACCAACGUGGAGCACUUCUCCGUGAGCGACAUCGAAGACAAGAUGAGGCAGCUGAACGGCUUCCAGCAGGAAAUCACCCUGAACACCAACAAGAUCGACGCCCUGAUCGUGUUUGGGGAGAACCUGAUCCAGAAGAGCGCCCCUUUGGACGCUGUGUUGAUCGAGGACGAGCUGGAGGAGCUGCACUCCUACUGCCAAGAGGUGUUCGGCAGAGUGGCUCGCUUCCACCACCGCCUCAUCAACAGGCGACCGGUUCUGGAGGAGGAGAGGGAACUGUCAGACCGGGACACAGACCUGGACGACUCCCCUGAUCUGACCAACGGGACAUCCUGGAGGGAGGCGAGGAAGGAGGAGGAGGAGGAGGUUCAGUCAGCAGGUGGAGUCUCAGCUGGACGGCAGACCAUGUGUCACCUCCUAGCGCCCCCUCUGGAGCGGUCGGGACGAGAAACCCCCGUCAGCGUGGACUCCAUCCCGCUGGAGUGGGACCACACCGUCGACGUGGGGGGAUCGUCAUCACACGAGGACGACGAGGACGCCACCUUCUUCAGCGCUCUGUCAGAUGUGCAGGUCACAGAGAGCUCAGAGUCGUUUGUUAAAUCCACUGUCAGAGCAGUGAAAGCAGCCUCGGUGAAGUCAGUGACCGAUCCGCCCAGCUGGCACCAGCCCGGCUCCCCAGAAAGGAAACGAGUUCCUCGAGAAAUCAUCCGAGGCCUGGGCUCGUUUCCCACACACACCAGUACUCCCUUCCACCAGCAGGGCUACGCUAAGCUGAUGUCAGAGUGCAGCGGCAGCAUCAACAGCGUGAAGAGAGUCAAGCUGAUCCUGAACGAUGACGAGGAGCUAGACGAUCCGGGUCUGACCAGCAGCACGGCCGACAAACAGACCAGCACAGGUGUGAUCGAGCGCUGGGAGCUGCUGCAAGUACAAAAGUUCAGCAACGAGACCGACAUCAAGCAGAACCUGGAGCAGUGGCAGAAGCUGAACUCUGACCUCUGUGAUGUCACUUCCUGGCUGGGCAGGGUGCUGCCAGAGCUGGAGAGGCUGCAACGGAUCGCGCCGUCCACCAGCAUCCGAGACAUCGAAGUCAACAUCAGAAAACUAAAGGAGACACAGAAGACCUUCAAUAGCUUCAAGUGUCUCAUGAUCUCCGUGAACCUGAGCAGCCGCCACUUCCUGCGGGGCGACAGCCCGGAGCUGCAGGAGCUGCAAGAGGCUGUCAGCUCAGCCAAUGACAGCUGGACGCAGGCCUGCAGCGGCCUGGAGAGCUGGGAGAGGAGGCUGCACUCUGCCCUCAUGCAGUGUCAGGAGUUUCAUGAGACUCUGCACUCCCUGCUGUUGUGGCUCGCUCAGGCCGAGAACAAACUCUGCGCUGUGAAUGUCAGCGACCCGUCUGCGUCACGCUCCACCCUGCUGGCACGCCGAGACACGCUGACGGCUCUGCAGGAGGAGCUGCGUGGCCGCCAGCGGCAGGUCUCCUCGCUGCAGGAGAUCUCUUCUCAGCUCCUCCUGGAGACCACCAGAGAAGACAGCGUGGAGGCAAAGGAGAAGGUCCACGUCAUCUGCAACAAACUGCGUCUCCUGCUGCGCCAGGUGGCGGCUGAGCUGCGUGCGCUGCAGGGAAGACUGGAAACCUGCUCAACAAGUGCUGAAAUGGACCGUAUUGGUCUGCUGCACAAGCAGGAGGCCGGUCUACAGGCAGCUACAGUUGGACGAGCAGAGACUAGAAGGGAAGGGAGGAGGGAGUCUUCCCCACAGCGACCCCUCUUCUACCGGGUUCUACGAGCUGCCUUCCCUCUACACCUUCUGUUCUUCGUGCUGCUGGUUCUGGCCUGCCUGGUGCCUCUGUCCGAGGAGGACUACAGCUGUACACUGUCCAACAACUUCGCCCGUUCCUUCUACCCCAUGCUGCGGUACACCAACGGCCCUCCGCCCACAUGAAAACUGCCAUAACGCCCAGCUGUGGAGUUAGUUUGAAGACUGAAAGACUCGAUCAUAUGGAGGUCUAAAUCCAAAACGGACCCCUUAACAGUGUUAAGGUGCAAGACACCUUCUCCCUUCCACAAAAAAAAAGCACCGCCCUUCAUAUCCGAAGGUUUCAUCUUAUGUGUUUGACUAAAUUUUAUUGGUGUAUUUAAAAAUGUUUUUAUUUGUGAAGGUCCACAGUCAAAAACAGAAGCCAUAUCACUGGUUUUAAAGUCAUCUUUUAUAUGUAGCUUUACCAUCUAACGUCCCACUGAACAGCUUCAAUAUAAGAAAAAACAGGUGUCAAGAGUUAUUUUAAUAUCUACAGUAUAUUUGCAAUUUUUGUACUUUCACUAUAGUCCAUUGGAUCUAAUUUGAAGGACAGUUAUUACCAAAGCAUCCAGAAGGAGGACUACGCCAGCCAUUUUCUACCACAGCAGCUAUUUUUACUGUUUUCCUAGAAAGCAGCCACUUGUUGAUAGCAGAUUUUGUACAGAAGAAAAAGGGUGCGUUGUUUUUGUUUGAUUUAGAGGUAUUUAAGAUGCAACUUUUUUUAAAUGACUCAUCUGCAGCCAUGCCUUUCUGUAGCCGAUAGAACUUCCAUACUUUACAGAUGAUGUACUUGAUGCAUUUUGUAUAUAAGGGCAUAUAUCUACUGAAAAAGAAGUAGGUAAAUUAUUGUUUCUGUGUAAGAGUGUGGCACUGCAACCUAUCAAAGUCAUUUAACAUGGGCAGUAGUUUUAAAUUAUUUUAUAUGAUAUUGAUGGAUUUUAAAGUCAUACUGGCUUGUGUAGAAUUUUGGCCCUCCCUUUAUAUGAGAGCAGAUAUAAUAAAAUGAUAUUUUCCUACGAUUAUGUAAGCUUUACGGACAGCGUUUUUGGAGGUCAGUUUUGAAUAUUUCAGCAGGUUACUCAACCUAAAAGUUUUGCAACAAAAAAAAAAGAAAAAAAAGGCAAAGAUCCUCAAAUUAAAGCUGCAUUAAGCAAUUCUUGACCACUAGGGGGCAGAAAGAGUCUAAAUGCACUGACUUAAACACAUCCUUGAUACAACAAAAGCUGCACUUGAUUUGCUAACAGAAUAAAAACUACCCGCGUCCUCCUGCAGACACAGCAACAUUAUCAUCCCACAGGAGAUGUGCACUCCUGAGAAAUCUCUCUCAGUUUCUUCAGUGGCUGCUAGCUAAUUCAUACGUCUGCGUUUUGUUGUUGGACAGGUACCUACACAUCGGUUACUGUUAGCUAGAAGAGGCUAGGUUAAUAUUAAUGCAGCAAUACAGCUCUGGCAGGCAUUUGUAGAUUACUACAUGACAUUGUCAUUUAGACAUUUAUCGAAGAACACACGGCUACAUUAUCUUAUGUAGAAACUAUACCCAUUUAAGAAUAAUUUUGUCAUUCACAACUUACCCAAUGCUGCCCGAAUUGGUCCCAUGGAGUAAAGCCCUGCAGGCAUCAAACAGGUAAAAUUAUUUUAAGGAUUUAAAAAUAUACGGUUGUCAUUUAUACUGUAAUGUACGUGUGGGAUUUACCUGAAAGCUGCUUUGAGACACUCUUCAGUGGUGCAGUUGAAGGACUGGUGUCCAAAUCUUAACAAGCCAGACUUUGAGUAGAACAUGAAUGUAAGGGAUUCUUUGGGCAUUGAAUGUAGUUGUGUACAUGCAAUCAAAGAUCAUUAAAUGUACGUAAUUUACAUCAUUAAAUAUUGAAUUUAAAUGUUAAAGCGAGUGAUUUCAAACUCAGUGUUCUAAUUUGUACAUAAUGUCAGCCUCACACUCUGCUCAGAAGGCCAGCAGAACAAAAAACAAAACGACAAAAUGUGUGUAAACUUUGCUUUAUUUUGUGAACUCUUAUUUAUGGGAUGUAUAGAUUGUCGUUUUCGUUUGACAAUAAAAACGGUGUUUGCCAUGA